AUGAAUGAAAAUUUAUUAAAUAUAAAUAAUUUAUAUGCUAGUAUUGAUGAUACAGAAGUUUUAAAAGGUUUAAAUUUAUCUAUUAAUAGUGGAGAAAUUCAUGCUAUUAUGGGUAAAAAUGGUUGCGGGAAAAGUACCUUUGCAAAAGUUAUUGCUGGUCAUCCUAGUUAUAAUAUUACACAAGGAGAUAUAUUAUUCUAUAACCAAAAUAUUAAUAAAAUGAGUCCUGUAGACAGAGCAUUAAAAGGAAUUUUUUUAGCCUUUCAGUAUCCAGUAGAAAUAUCUGGUGUUAGUAAUGCUGACUUUUUACGCCUUGCUUACAAUGAAAAACAAAAAAUUACUAAUAAACCUCCUUUAGAUCCUUUAUCUUUUUUAGAACUGGUUAAUGAUAAAAUUAAAGCUAUUGACAUGAAUUCGUCAUUUUUAAGUAGAAAUGUUAAUGAAGGAUUUUCUGGAGGAGAGAAAAAAAAGAAUGAAAUUUUACAAAUGUCUUUAUUAAAUACUAAACUUGCUAUAUUAGAUGAAACAGACUCCGGGCUUGAUAUAGAUGCUUUGAAAACUAUUUCUGCCAAUAUUAAUGCUUUAGCUAGUAAUGAUAAUGCAAUAAUUAUUAUUACACACUACAAUAGAUUACUAGAAUAUAUUAUACCGGAUUAUGUUCAUAUAAUGCAUGAAGGUAAAAUAAUUCAUACAGGUGGUGCAAAUUUAGCAAAGCAAUUAGAGCAUUAUGGUUAUGAUAGUAUUAUAUAA